AUGGCUCAGUCCAUUCUCAAAAGUCCCAAGGUGUUAGAUUUCUGCAUUGAUUUCUUUAUUUCAUCACGACUAAUUCCCGAGGCAAUCCUCGAUACGAAAAUAAAUGGAGAUAUUGUGUUAGCCUCUCUCCGCGAUCAGCCCAACUGGAAAUUUAUCGUGAAAACAUUCACCUUGAUCAGACAGGAUAGACUUGAAAGAAACUUAGAUGUCUUCUAUCGUGAGGUCCAGUUCAUGCAGUCACUGGACCAUCCAUAUCUGGCAAAGUGCAUAUAUGCGGCUACAUGUCCGAUAUAUUUAUCCAUAUGUAUGAAGUAUUACACUAGAGGCACUCUAGCGCGCUGUCUUGGCCCCAUGGGGGUGGACAUGUCGGAACUAUGUGUCAUCCAAGUGGCGUGUGCACUUCGCUAUCUACACAAGAACAACCUGGUUCACUUCGAUGUAAAACUGGACAAUAUAUUCCUAGAUGAAGAAUAUAACGCUAUCCUUGGAGACUUCGGCCUUGCAGUGGAGAUGGAACCUCAUGAAAAGACACUGGCCAGACGUUACAUAGGAGGUACGACUGGAUACUUGGCGCCGGAAUGCGUAGCAGCGUCGCCUGAUGUACAGCUGGAUCCCUACAAAAUCGACUCCUACAGUCUUGGAGUUGUGCUCUGGUGCAUGGUAUUUGAACGCGAGGCUGAUGAGAAAAUCGACUACUAUUUCGAGACCAGGAAACAACGAGAUCUGCUGCCAAAUAUCAGGGACAUGUUGCUGAGACUUCUACAGCCGGACCCAGCAAAAAGAGUCACAGCUGAAGAUUUCCUUCGCAGGGUGCGCCGGGACAGUGUCUACAGAUCGGUUAUAGACAGCAACUAG